GGGCGGAAACACCCGCCCACUUCCGCCUGCCUCCACUUCCGGCGGGCGCCAUGGCAACGGCGUCCCCAGCCGCGGGGGCGGCCGACGCUGCGGGCCGCGGCCGUCGCGGGCGCCCCCGGCCGGGCCUGGCUCCGGCUCCGGCUCCGGCUCCGGCUCCGGCUCCGGCGGCGCUCAGGUGCUGAACGAUGACUUACGGCGAUGGCAAAUCCUGCUCUUGUCCUUUAAACAUUUAUGGUUCAGACCGGCGAGGAUGUUUUUAGUGGUGAGACAGCCAUCAACAUUUUUGUUAAAAUGGAUACAGUAGAAAAGAGAGUUCACGCGUUUGUGCGAGUCAAGCCAACAGGUGAUUUUGCUCAAGACAUGAUCAAGUUUGGUCGAGACAACAAGAGCAUCGAUAUAUACAUCAAAAAGGAUGUCAAGAAAGGAGUUGUGAAUAACAGGCAGACUGACUGGUCCUUUCGGCUGGAUGGUGUCCUUCACAAUGCCUCCCAGGAGCUGGCUUAUGAGACCGUAGCUGAGAAAUUGGUGUCUGAAGCUUUGAAUGGCUAUAAUGGCACUAUAAUGUGCUAUGGGCAAACAGGGGCUGGUAAAACUUAUACGAUGACAGGAGCAACUGCAGACUACAAGCAUCGAGGAAUCAUACCCCGAGCUAUACAACAGGUCCUCAAGGCAACUGCACAUUGUGUUGAUCGAUUCAUCACUGUCCGAGUAUCCUACCUGGAAAUCUACAACGAGACCUUGUUUGACCUUCUGUCCACCAUGACAAGCAGUGGGACUAGUGACGUGCAGAUGGCUGUAGUGGACUGUCCACAGGGCAUUUAUGUGAAGGGCUUAUCCAUACAUACAGUUAGCCACGAGGAAGAUGCUCUAAAUCUCCUAUUUGAGGGUGAGACCAACAGAGUAAUAGCAGAACAUGCACUGAAUAAAAAUUCAUCCAGAUCCCACUGCAUUUUUACUAUCUAUAUUGAGUCUCAUUUCAGAGUUUUCUCAGAUGUCAAACGCAUUACUUCAAAAAUCAACUUAAUAGAUCUGGCAGGCUCAGAGAGGCUGAGUAAGACUGGGUCUGAAGGGCAGGUUCUGAAGGAAGCCACGUACAUCAACAAGUCUCUGUCAUUCCUUGAGCAAAUCAUCAUUGCCCUGGGUGAUCCUAAGAGGGACCACAUCCCCUUCCGGCAGAGCAAGCUCACUCACGUUCUCAAGGACUCGCUUGGGGGAAACUGCAAUACUGUCCUGGUGGCAAAUAUCUGUGGGGAAGCUGCGCAUGUAGAAGAGACUUUGUCUUCUCUUCGUUUUGCUACCAGAAUGAAAUGGAUCACAACAGAGCCAGUCAUCAAUGAGACGUGUGACGCAGGGUGGAUGGUGAAGGCUUUGGAGAAGGAGAUUGUUUUUCUGAAGCGGGAACUGGCCAUGCAUGACAGCUUGGUAAAUCGUUCUUUGGUGACUUAUGACCCUCUGACUGAAAUGCAGAUAGCAGAUAUUAAGUCUCAAGUCCAAAAAUACUUAGAAGGAUCCAUUGAUGAAAUCGAUAUAGUGAACAUCAGGCAAGUCCAGGAGGUUUUUAAACAGUUCAAACUGCUUGUAAGUCAACAGGAGCAGGAAGUGGAGGCCAGAUUACGAAGCAAGUAUGCUCUGAUAGACAAAAAUGACUUUGCUGCGGUUGCUGCUGCUCAGAAGGCAGGCCUAGUUGAUGUGGAUGGCCAUAUGAUGGGGGAAAUGGAUGGGCAGGAUUUUGGGACCGGAGCUGCUUCUUUUUCCUCCAAACAUGGUGGGAAGAAGACGAAGCCCAGGAAAACCAAAGAGCAGGGCAGGAAGGAAGGAAUUGGGACCUCUCCUCCUGGGAAAGAGCUGGAUGCUCUUCUACAGUCAAAAAGUCAGGUCAUAACUUCCACCAAGGACUUGGAUGUGAAAGAGGGAGCAAGGAACCAGGAUGCAGCAAAUAUUGAUACACAGCCCUCAAAGCCAGCCCCUGUGAGGGAUUCCCAGCAGCCCAGCUCCCCUCCAUCCAAGCCGGUGGCAUUUGAGCAAUUUAAGGAGGAGUGCGGCAGUGAGAUCAACCGGAUCUUUAAAGAGAACAAAAGCAUCCUCCUCGCCAGAAGGAAGAGAAGCAGUACAGUAGCGCAGAGGCUCAACCUGAUCAAGCGUGAGAUGGAGGGCAUCAAGGAGGCUCUGGGGGCUCAGAGGCAGGAGCGGUGGCAGCAGGGAGAGUACGUUGAUGAGAAAGGACAGAUCAUAAUUGAUGAGGAGGAGUUUCUACUCAUUAUGAAGCUUAAGGACUUGAAGAAAGAGUACAGGUCUGAUUAUGCUGAACUUCAGGACCUGAAGGCAGAAAUCCAGUACUGCCAGCAUCUGGUGGACCAGUGCCGGAACAAACUCGUCUCAGAGUUUGAGAUCUGGUACAAUGAGUCCUUCCUUAUCCCCAAGGAUGUGCAGGAUACUCUGAAGCCUGGGGGCAACAUCAGACCUGGAAUGAUUCCCAUAAACAGAGUCAUGUGCCUGGAGGAAGAUGUGCAGGACAGGUUUGAGCGGAUGCAGGAAGCAACGCUGCCAGCCUGUCCGGAUUCAGUCUCGUUCUACAACGCGAAAAUGAAGGCUGAUCAAAAGCACGCGUACACGAGAACUAUGUUGUCCCUCGAGCAAAUGCGCAAGAAACCUGGGCUCAUCACCGCUACCAUGAAGAAGAAACCGCUGUCAGUUCUGCACGUCUCGUAGCAGAUACGGACGCAGCCCGGAACCCGGCAUUCAGCGCAAGUGGGAUGAGCAGCAUGACCUCGGAGUGUCCCCCGUGUAUUUUCACAGUAGAUUUAUCAAAAAUAAACGCCAGCCGAAACAAAACCUUGCUUUUGUACAGCUAGACUGAGAGUUACGGCUGAUCAAAACAGUUGUUUAGAGCGGAAGCAAGCUAGCGAGUUUAAAUAAAAGCACUUGUUUCUCUGA